GAGACCUCGACACACAGCACAAUAUGGCGAAUGCAUUCUUCAAAAACCGCAGGGUUUACCUGUUGACACUGGUGGCCUAUAUGUCGCUGACACCAACCGCANNGGGUUCCUUCCUCUUUGGCUACGAUACUGGUGUAAUGGGAUCGGUCCUGGAACUGGAAAGCUUCAAAAGCGACUUUGGCAUGGCUGCUUCCUCGACAGGAUUCAAGAACGGCAGAAAUGCAGAGAUAUCGUCUAACGUCGUGUCACUACUCACCGCUGGCUGUUUCUUCGGCGCUCUGGCUGCACCAUGGUUGAAUGAGCGUCUCGGUCGCCGAUACUCUCUCAUGAUCUUCAGCGUCAUCUUUAUGAUUGGCGCUGCCGUCCAAACCGGAGCUUCUCAUGCGAUUGGCACCAUCUAUGGUGGUCGCGUGAUUGCUGGUCUAGGCAUCGGCGGCAUGAGUGCCAUCACACCAGUCUUUGUAUCCGAAAACUGUCCUCCAGAUGUUCGUGGCAGGAUCUCCGGCCUCUUCCAGGAAUUCCUGGUGCUUGGUGUUAUGUUCAGUUACUGGCUUUGCUAUGGCGUCAAGAAAAACAUUGCACCCAGUACCAUGCAAUGGCGUGUUCCUGUUGGCCUUCAACUCGUUCCUUCAGGCAUCAUGUUUUGCGGUCUGUGGUUNUUGAAAGAGAGUCCGCGAUGGUUGGCCAAGAAUGAUCGCCAUGAUGAGGCGUUGGCGAGUCUGGCAUAUAUUCGCUGUGUUCCCACCGAUGAUCCCGAGGUCUUGCAGGAACUUGCUGAGAUUCGAGCCUCUGUGGAAGAGGAGUUUUUGGCUACUGAAGGGUUAAGCUGGAAAGAGUGUCUGAAGCCUGGAUACCGCGAACGCUUUGGCCUUGCGUUUUGCAUCAUGUUCUGGCAGCAGUGGAGCGGUACUAAUUCGAUUGGCUACUACGCACCCCAGAUCUUUGCUUCUGUCGGUCUCAGCGGGUCUAGCACUUCGCUGUUUGCCACUGGUAUCUAUGGCACUGUCAAGGUCAUCGCCACGGGGAUUUUCCUUAUCAUCGGUAUCGAGCGAUUUGGUCGCAAGUGGCCGUUGGUUGCAGGAGCUUGGUGGAUGGCGGCUUGCAUGUUUAUCAUUGGCGCUGUUUUGGUGUCGUUCCCGCCAAACCCUGAUGCUGGGUCUGUGAGCUCUGCGUCUAUUGCCAUGGUGGUGAUGAUUUAUCUCUAUGUCAUUGGCUAUUCUGCCAGUUGGGGCCCUGUGCCUUGGGUGUACGUUGCAGAGAUCUUUCCUACGAGGCUGAGAGCGUAUGGCGUGGGAUUGGCUUCUGCUACUCAGUGGCUCUUUAACUUUGUCGUCACCAAAGUCACACCUGCAGCUAUUAACAGCAUUGGUUGGCGUACCUUUAUCAUGUUUGGCUGUUUCUGCACAGCCAUGGGCGUUUUCGUCCUGGUAUUCCUCAAAGACACUACAGGCCGCAGUUUGGAAGAGAUGGAUAUUUUGUUCGGAGCUGUUACGGCAGAGCAGAGGAGAAAGGACGUGGAGUUAGCUGUGGCGGAGGAGUAUAAAGCCGAUCCACAUGCUGAGCAUGUAGAUCGCGUGGAAGANGACAAGGUGUAUAUGGAUAGAAGUGGCAAG